UCAAGUCCUUACUUUCUUCUCCCUUUUCAGUUUUCAUUUGUGAUCUUCACCAUCUUUCUGAGCAAUAAUACAGAUAGAUAGCAAUGGCAAUUCGUUUACCUGGUAUUAUGCAUGCUAAACACAUUCUCCGCCGAUCAAACUCAUUUACAAAGCAAGCAGCUUCAACAUUUGCAGAUGUUCCAAAAGGGUACAUAGCAGUAUAUGUUGGAGAGAGUGAAAAGAAGCGAUUUGUAGUUCCCAUAUCAUUCUUGAACCAGCCUUCAUUUCAAGAUUUGCUAAACAAGGCUGAGGAUGAAUUUGGAUUCCAUCAUCCAAUGGGUGGUCUCACAAUUCCCUGCAGUGAAGACAUCUUCAUUGAUCUCACUUCUCACUUACAUGAAUUCUGAUACGCGACACUAAAAUAAAAUAGCAGAGACAGUUUUGUAAAUCCAUGCAUAUUCUUUAUUUAUUAUAGGCAGAUGAAGUGAUGGGGGGUUGAUUACCGAAAAAUGUU